CCGUGUCGUGAUUGCAAAGGAGAAAACUGUAAAGAUAACAGCAUCUCUUACUGGGCGCAGAGACGUCCCAUAGCCAACUCACCAAUAGACAGCGAAGACAGUGAUCAAGGGAUCAGUUGGUUAUGGAAUGGAUUGCAAUUUAGUUGGAUUCCUAAAGUUGCGCUUAUAUGAGUGAAUUGAAUGUAAAGAGCAGUGGUAACCUCAUAUUUGGAACUUCACAUCAGACGUUUCGAAUACAAAGCCAGCGUACCGGUGAGAUACGUUUGAUAACUAUGCGUGGUUUGCAAAGGAUAUGGACUGUAAUAAUUCGUUUUGAUACGUUUGAAAACGCGGUAGAGCCAUUCAUUUAGUGAUCAUUUCAAGUUCGCUGGUCAAGACCAAAACCUCUGGAAUUGUGCUUUAGAUGAGAACUGGACUGAUAGUGAGCUUUGGACAAAAAGGACCCAAGCCUAACAGGGCUGGAGAUUAAGCAAAUAACAUAAUAUCUGUAAUAAUCAUUAGCUCUUGGCAGCAAGAUCUUUUGGAAUGCAAAAACUACAUGGACUGUUUUGGAUUACCGUAACUUGUGCAUCAAUCAUCGUUCCAUGUGUAUUCCCGGUGGCGCAUAGUAGGAUCAUUAUCGUGAUACUUGUGAAGUAGCCUAACCCUCUAACUUUGCUCUCUGUAUUCAGGAACCACUAUUCCUUUCCAGCGUGCUUUGGAAUUCCAGUCUCAAAAAUAGAAAAUGAAAAGAUAUAAUCUCACACUGGCUUGUUUAAUGGCUUGCAUACUUUCAAUCCGCUGUACCUUGGGGACAACGCGGGCGCGCAUAACGGGGGCAGAGACUCAAACCGUCACCCAGGAGUCGUGCGCAUCGUGUGGGUUGCCGGAGGCGUCAGAACGGGUGGACAUAGACCUUUUGGAAGCAGUUAAGAGGCACAUCUUGAACAGGUUACAAAUGAGAGAAAGACCCAACAUCACUCAUCCUAUUCCCAAGGCUGCAAUGGUAACAGCGCUGAGGAGGCUUCACGCCGGUAAGGUACGGGAAGACGGGAGGGUUGAGAUCCCCAACCUUGAUGGACAAGCUUCCUACAGUAACGAGGUGCAAGGGGAGACGUCGGAGAUAAUCAGUUUUGCAGAAUCAGAUGAGCUGGCUUCAUCUCAAGCCUCUAAGUCCAGCCUCCACUUCCUCAUCUCCAGUGAAGGGAACCAGAACCUGCAUGUGUCUCAGGCCAACCUGUGGCUCUACUUCAGGCUGCUGCCCACCGGCUCCGAGAAAGGGCCUCGACGCAAAGUCACAGUUAAAAUCCACUACCAUGAGGCAGGGACUGGAGCUGCAGGUGGAGCCAGGGGAGGGACAGGGCCAGGGGCAGGGGGAGGAGGUCGGUGGACCCUAGUGGAGAAGCGUGUGGACCUAAAGCGCAGCGGCUGGCACACCUUCCCUCUGUCAGAGGCAGUGAGGGCCCUGUUUGGUAAGGGUGGCCGGCGGCAGGACCUGGAGGUGCGUUGUGAGGGCUGUGAGGCAUUCAACGUGGUUCCUAUCUUAGUUGACCCAGCAGAACCCUCACACAGGCCCUUUCUGGUGGUUCGGGCACGGCAGGUGGAAGGGAACCACCGCAUCAGGAAGAGGGGGCUGGAGUGUGACGGGAGCAGUGGAGGCCUGUGCUGCAGACGACAGUUCUACAUAGACUUUCGCCUCAUUGGCUGGAACGACUGGAUCAUCGCACCCGCGGGUUACUACGGUAACUACUGCGAGGGAAGCUGCCCGGCGUACAUGGCGGGGGUACCGGGGUCGGCGUCAUCGUUCCACACGGCAGUGGUCAACCAGUACCGGAUGAGGGGCAUGAGCCCCGGCUCGGUCAACUCCUGUUGUAUCCCCACCAAGCUCAGUACCAUGUCUAUGCUGUACUUCGACGAUGAGUACAACAUAGUAAAACGAGACGUGCCCAAUAUGAUAGUGGAAGAGUGUGGCUGUGCCUGAGUUUCUGUGACUUUUUAAACUUUGAAAGUUAAAUCAAACGACGAUAGUCAAAAUGUCUUGUACAAAAAUACCUUUUUGUAUGACACACAUAUAAAUAUAUAGUUAUAUGGAAGCACACCAACAGGUACACACAAACAAGAUGUAUUUAUGCUUUGUUGUAUUUAUCUGGCUGAGCGAGGCCAGGUUCUGUCCAUUCCAUGUUAAGAACUUCAGAACGGUUCCAGAGUUUUGGGAAGAGAAGGAAAUGGUUGAUCACCAAAUGAUAACAUUUUUCUAGUUUGCCAUUUCUAGAGGAAAAAUAAUGGUCCUUCAUCUCUUCUCUGAUGAAGAUGGAAAGAAAAGCGCUUAGUGAAGCAACACACCAGGACAUUGACUAAACAAAAGCACUGACAAUGAUAAUUCAUCAGCUUAUAUAAUUCAGAAACACCAGCACUUCCAUAAAGAAUGUCAUAAAGACACUGUGACUGUCUGAUCCUGUGGAAUUAUAACAUAAACUGUAUCAGCAAGCGCUUAUUAUUGAAUAAAGCUUUUCCAGGACUACACUCCUGUCCAAGUGAGGUAACGACACAACAUUGACAUAUUGUUGUUGACAUUGGACCACGUUCUUUCCUCCUGCUUGUGUAAGUGUCUGUCUGUCUGUCUGUCUGUCUGUCUGUCUGUCUGUCUGUCUGUCUGUCUGUCUGUCUGUCUGUCUGUCUGUCUGUCUGUCUGUCUGUCUGUCUGUCUGUCUGUCUGUCUGUCUGUCUGUCUGUCUGUCUGUCCAUGCUGCAAGCAAUCGCUCACUAAGUUCAAAGGUGAAGAUGGACCUUUGUGCAAACUGCACUACAUACACUUAAUCCUGAGAACGGAGAGUCCCCACUGCCCCUACUUGUUCCAAUAAAGUGGACCUCGAAGUGGCGAUGAGUUGUUUGUUAGGCCCCAACAGGGCAUGAUGGUGCAGUGCAGCACUUGCAGACUAAACUCUUUAAAUGCACACUCCCACUCCUAAUAGCACUUGCAUAUUGAAAUGCCUUCAAAGUGGUACUGAGUGUCCUGUCAUAAAUAAGUGCCACAUGAUCUAUGCAAUGUAUAGUAACCCACCCAUGCCCACCCAUACAACUGAACAUACCAGACUGAACUGAACUGAACUUUCUCCUCCUCCUAUGCUAAUGUAACUCCUAUCAAAUACUUGAAAUGUGAUCUUUCGCUUCCUUUUUUUCAAAGCGAAUGAUUGUUAUGACAUUUGCACUGAAAAGUUGCGGGAUUAGUUAAUAAACAAACUGCCAUUGAGAAGUUAUUUUUAUAGAAGUAAAUUGACAUUCUUUGUUUAAUAAAGUAAUUUACCUACACAGCAAAUUCUCCAGUGUUAAAUCCACACUGAGAGUGUUAAAUUAACACUGAAUGUGUUGGCCCGUAUCGGCACUGGAACAGUGUUAAAUUAACACACUGAUAUGUGUAAAGCCUCAUUUCCCAGCAUCCCUUGCCUUUUGAGGUUCAUAUUAAUAAUUGUUUGUUUCAAUAUCUAUGUUUUUGCAUGUACAUUAAUUGAUUGAUUAAUCCUAUUAUUCUCAAAUAUAAAUUAGAUACAUUUUCUAAACUAAUCCAAUAUGUUACUUGGAUUUGUUGCACCUGUUACUGAAAUGGUUGUUCCAGUUUAGAUGCUUUCGCUAGUCUCAUAUUUCAGUCUUCCCAACCCUGGUAGUUGCAUAUGAUAAAAAAUUCAGAAUGUUGGAUAUCCCCACUCUGGCUAGAGUUCAAUCGGAAUUACACAGCAUUAUACAAGCCAGCAUAAUGUGACAGGUUGCAUGAAUAAGGCAAAAAUGUUGGGUUGUUUGGAUUACCCAACAUGGGUUAAUUUAACCAUGAAUUUAGUUUUUAUUCACCUUCAUGCUGGGUUGACCAAAUAGCUCUGUCUUUUCUAAUGUCAUCUAUCGGUUAAUUUCAGGAGGCAGGACUUAUUAAGGGCAUGGUUUUUAUAAAGUUAUUUUUGGCCAUGUGAGAUUAAAUGUAAUUCCUGUUGAUAAUGUAAGUUUGUACACUGCAAUGUAACAUUUCUAUGAAUAUUAUUGUACAUUACAUAUUCUAAUACAAAAAUAUUAACAUUAUGAUUUACAUAUAGCAAGAAAGUGUUAACUAUCCUAUUGGAGAGAUCACAUUUGCAUCGGCUUUUAAGGUACUCACACAUUUCUGUACACUUUAUUAACAUUACCAAAGUGUUAGUGUUCAACCAUAACAUGCAAUAACAAUUCAACAGAACAGAUUAACUGGAAUUACAUUUACUCUCAUGGGUGGCCCAAAAUAACUUGCUGAAAGUCACGCCCCUAAAAAGCCAAGCCUCCAUGUCUUGUGAUCUGACCUGCUGGGUCAUAUCUCAAUAAACAAGCGUCAACAAACCAAACUUGGUCUUAAAAAAUAAUAACUAAAUGACCCAAUGCCUGCAACCCAGCAGUUGGUUCAUGCAAACAACCCAGUAUUAUUUUGUUUAUGUCCUCAAAAUAAGGCCUCAUGAAAUACAUAUUGUAUUUUUUUAAUAAUUACAUUUUAAUUUUGGUAUUUUAAUUUAGGAUUUCACCUGGUUAAGACCACAGGACUGUAAGUGGAUGAAUGCAACAAAGCUUGUCUCUGUCACUAACAAAUUCAGUCAUGGGUGAUAACUCCACAACUUACUCGAAAUGCAAAGCACUCUGGGAAAUAUGGAAAUCAAGCUUUACACUAAGCAGUGUGUUAAUUCAACACUGUUCAGUGUCUAUACGGGUCCACACUUUCAGUGUUAAUUUAACUCUGGGGAAUUUGCUGUGUAAUAAUGGAACCAAAGAGGCCAAGAUUAUUUUAGCUUGAUCAUAAGAGGCCUAAUCUACGUAUCAGGGUACACUAUGAUGAUUUCAUUUCUUAGUUCUAUUAUUUCCUUUCUCUAUCUAUUUUGUACAAUAAACAUGUGGAACACUUAAUUUUUCAUCUUUAAUUCUAUUUUUUCAGUUUUUCUAUUUAAUAAAAAUAUAUUUUUAGUUCCUGUUUCAGAAUAAUUUAGUCGUGUAAAUGUCAUCUGUACAGUUUAUGUAAAAUAAAAUGUGUUUUCUUAAAAUAUUUUGUAACUUUAAAAUAAAUUCUUACUCUGCAUUAUUAUUGUA